GGCAUUUUGUGGAUGAAUUUACAGACUUUAGCCAGCCGCUGGUGCAGUGUCAUCGGCCUCUCUGGCAGGCAGCAGACUGGAAGGGACACCGCCGGACAGGCUUCGCUGCCAACGCGCUUAGCUCCUCCAGAUGCAGCCGCGCAUCGACCGUGAGGGUGAAGGAAGAAGGCUCGCAGUGAUGUUUUACGCACCGGUGUGAGAAAAUAAGGAGGAAAUUGUUUUCACCUCGACUGGAGGGGGGGAGAGAGAGACCACCGUUUAUGUUCCCGAAGCCGUUUCAUUUUAAGCUCCUAUAGAAAGCUGCCUGGUCGGUGCCUUGUUUCAAUUCAGAUAUGGCGAUAAGACAAUUUGGACUGCUGGUGUGGAAAAACUAUCUUCAGCAGAAACGUCAGAUCCUUGUAACUCUAGUGGAGAUCCUAUUGCCGCUGCUUUUCUCCGGCAUCCUCAUCAUGCUGCGUCAGAAGGUGCCUUUUCAGGACUACCCGAAUGCCACUAUCUACGAGAGCUUUGCUGUCGACAUUUUACCAAAACAUUUUAUGCGAGAGCUGCAGCUGGGCUACGUGCCCAGUAACUCCAGUGUGGUGCGUAAGGUGGCAGAGGACGUGCGAGCCAGCCUGUCCCUCGCUUCAGUGCGUGGCUUUGAGACAAAGGAGCAGUUUGAGGAGCACAUCAGAACCGACCCCCAGUCGCACCAGAUAUUGGCGGCUGUCGUCUUUGAACACCCCUUCACUCAUGAUGAAGAACCCCUACCCCGGCAGGUGAGCUACCACCUACGCUUCACCUUCACACCAGGCAAUGCCCCACCUAAGGAGAAGUCCAAACUGAGCCCGAACAGCGACCUGUACUGGCACACUUUCAGCCUCUUUCCCCUUUUUCAGCUGCCAGUCCCAAGCGAGCAGCAUGACAAGGAGGGUGGGACACCAGGUUAUUUCCGUGAGGGCUUUCUGGCUGUCCAGCAUGCAGUGGACCGAGCCAUCAUGCGAUCUUACAACAGAACCGGAGCGGACCGUCUGCUGGCAAUGACCAGGGUGGUUCUGUCACGCUUUCCUUACCCUAACUUUAUCUAUGAUGUCUUCAUCUUGGCCAUUCAAAACCAGCUGCCGCUUCUCUUAGUGCUCAGCUUCACUUAUACGUCCCUCAACAUAGUGCGAGCUGUGGUGCAGGAGAAGGAACGGAAGCUCAAGGAGUACAUGAGGAUGAUGGGCCUCAGUAACUGGCUGCACUGGAGCGCAUGGUUCCUGAUGUUCUUUCUCUUCCUCUCCAUUUCAGUGUUCUUUGUUACUCUGCUCCUCUGUAUCCGGGUGAGUCCUAACGGUGCAGUGCUGAACUACAGCGACCCCACACUGGUCUUCGUCUUCCUGCUCGCCUUCACUGUCGCCACCAUCAACUACAGCUUCAUGAUCAGUGCCUUCUUCUCACGAGCCAAUGUGGCAGCAGCAGCAGGCGGCUUCAUCUACUUCCUCAGCUACCUGCCUUAUUUGUUCCUGUGGCCUCGCUAUGACUUACUGAGCCACACUCAAAAGGUGUCGGCCUGCCUUAUCUCCAAUGUGGCCAUGGCCAUGGGAGCACAGCUUAUAGGAAUGUUUGAAGGCAAAGGUACUGGAAUCCAGUGGUCGAACAUGUUUGACUCUGUGACGGUGGACGAUGACUUCUCCCUGGCCCAGGUUCUGUGCCUGCUGCUGUUCGACUCGGUGCUUUACGGCCUGGUGGCCUGGUACAUGGAGGCUGUGUUUCCUGGGGAGUACGGAGUGCCUCUUCCAUCUUACUUCUUUUUACUGCCAUCAUACUGGUGCAGCAGCCCUCGCAUGGCUUUAGUAAACGAGAAGGAGGAAGAAGAAGAUGCAGAAAAAGCUAUGAAAGGAGAGUUCAUGGAGGAAGAGCCAGCUGGAGUAGUGUCUAGAAUAAAGAUUAAACACCUCACUAAGGAGUUCAAAGUAGGGAACAAGACACGACUGGCUGUGCGAGAUCUGACACUGAACAUGUUCGAGGGGCAGAUCACAGUGGUGCUGGGACACAAUGGUGCUGGGAAGACCACCACACUGUCCAUGCUUACAGGUUUGUUUCCACCCAACAGGGGCAGGGCAUACAUAAACGGGUAUGACAUCUGUCAGGACAUGGCUCUUAUCCGACGCAGUCUGGGUCUCUGUCCCCAGCACGAUGUUUUGUUUGAUAACUUCACAGUGAGAGAGCAUCUGCUCUUCUAUGCACAGCUAAAAGGCUUCCCCAAGGAGCAAAUUUCGGACGAGGUGGAUCGGAUCAUCAGCAUCUUGAAUCUCGAGGACAAGCGUCAUUCUCGCUCCAAGACCCUCUCUGGCGGCAUGAAGAGGAAUCUUUCUAUCGGCAUUGCCCUCAUUGGAGACUCCAAGGUCGUCAUGCUAGACGAGCCCAGGUCGGGUAUGGAUCCAUCAGCACGACGGGCCACCUGGGACCUUCUACAGGGAGAGAAGCGAGGCCGCACCAUCCUCCUCACUACUCACUUCAUGGACGAGGCUGACCUGCUCGGUGACCGGAUCGCCAUCAUGGCAGGUGGCAAGCUGCAGUGCUGCGGCUCUUUGCUCUUCCUGAAGAACAAAUAUGGUGCUGGCUACCACAUGGUGAUGGUCAAAGACGCCCUCUGUAAUGUGUCUGAGAUCACACACCAUGUUCACAUGUAUGUUCCCAACGCUACACUGGAGAGCAGCGCCGGAGCCGAGCUCUCUUACAUCCUGCCUAAAGAAAGCACCAGCAAGUUUGAGCUGCUGUUCGCUGAGCUAGAAAUGAACAAAGAGGAACUGGGUAUUGCAAGCUAUGGGGCCUCAGUGACCACCAUGGAAGAAAUUUUCCUCAGAGUUUGAAAGCUUGUGGAUUCUAGUUUGGACAUUCAGGCGAUCCAGCUGCCAGCCCUUCAGUACCAACACGAGAGACGCUCCCAUGACUGGACCACCGAUGAUGCCAGCAGCAUCAGUGGCCUGACAGAUGUCACCGAUUUCACAGACAGUGGCACGCUCAUCUCUGAGGAUGGGUCAAACAUUAAGCUGAACACAGGGGUAAGACUCCACCUGCAGCAGUUUUAUGCCAUGUUUCUGAAGAGGGCGCAGUACAGCUGGAGGAACUGGAAGGUGAUGGUGGCUCAGUUUUUGGUCCCUUUGAUCUUCACUGUUGUGGCCUUAGUGGUGGCGAACACCUUUCCCAACCACCAGGAUGCUCCGCUGCUGAGGCUGGCCCUCAGCCGCUACGGUCCCACCAGGGUCCCUGUGGCCUUGCAGCCUAGGGCGGACCUCCUUGCCUCUUCCUUAGCGAACACAUAUACCUCCCAGCUCCUAGCCCAGCUGGGUGAGCUCAGAAACAUCACAGACUUCACAGAUUACGUCCUGACCAAUGCAAAAGCAGAAAGCGGCAGCUUCAACGAGCGUUGCGUGGUAGGUGCUGCCUUCCUUGGCAGGACCAGCCAGUAUUCAGAGGCAACAGCCUACUUCAACAACCAGGGCUACCACACACCUGCCACAGCCCUCAUGAUGGUGGACAGUGCUCUGUUCAGUUUAGCUGGGCCCAAUGCAUCCAUCCUGACAGGCAAUUACCCCAUGCCUAGAAACCUGUCAGAGGCUGCAAGGAGCCAGCUCAGAGUGAGUAAGACUGGGUUUGCCAUUGCCAUCAACCUGAUGUACGGCAUGGCCUCACUGUCCAGCACUUUCGCCCUGCUGCUUGUAACUGAGUCCUCCAUCAAGUCGAAGCACAUACAGCAGGUCAGCGGCGUCUACCUGUCCAACUUCUGGUUCUCUGCCCUGCUGUGGGACCUGGUCAACUUCCUGCUGCCAUGCCUCCUCAUGUUGGUUGUAUUCCAAGCAUUUGGAGUUGAAGCUUUUGUGGCGGAUCACCACCUCGUCGACGUUUUCCUGAUUCUCCUCCUGUACGGCUGGGCCAUUGUGCCUCUGAUGUAUCUACUCAGCUUCCUCUUCUCCACUGCUGCCACCGCCUACACACGCCUCACUAUCUUCAAUGUGAUCUCUGGGACUGCCACGUUUCUGGCCGUCACUAUCAUGACCGUCCCAGAGUUAAACCUGGUAAACCUGUCGCAUGUAUUGGAUAAGGUGUUCCUGAUCUUCCCAAACUACUGCCUGGGCAUGUCAUUCAGCCAGUUCUACCAGAACUACGAAUUCAUAAAGUUUUGCACCUCAGGUCCCAUCAGCGAAACAAUCUGCAAAUACUUAAACAUCACAUACCAGACAAACUACUUCUCCAUGUCAGAGCCUGGUGUGGGUCGCUUCCUGGUGUCCCUCUCGGUGCAGGGUGUCAUCUUCAAUGCUCUGCUGUUUGUCAUUGAGCUGCAGUGUGUCCGCACUGUCUGCAGACUCUUCACCUCUCUUGGCGGAAAACACAAACAGAUGCCUCUGUUAGAUGAUGCGGCGUUCCUUCCAGAGGACCGGGAUGUAGCUGAAGAGAGGAAGCGGGUCCUGGAGUGCCAGCCAGUGGUGGAGUCCAUGGUUGGCAGCCCCCUCAUACUGCAUGAACUCAGCAAGAUUUAUAGCAGCGGGGAGAACCUUCUGGCUGUGGACAGGCUGUCUCUCGCUGUGGGGAAGGCUGAGUGUUUUGGCCUCCUGGGCUUUAACGGAGCAGGAAAGACCACAACGUUUAAGAUGCUGACCGGUGAUGAGAGUGUUACAUCUGGAGACGCCUACAUAGAUGGCUACAGCAUCCUGAGGGACAUUAAGAAGGUGCAGCAGCGCAUAGGUUACUGUCCUCAGUUUGAUGCUGUGCUGGACCACAUGACAGGAAGAGAGACGCUGAGCAUGUACGCCAGGCUCAGAGGAAUCCCAGAGAAGUAUGUAGCUGGCUGUGUGGAAAACGUCCUGAGAUCACUGCUGCUGGAGCCUCAUGCUGAUAAACUGACCCGCAGCUACAGCGGUGGUAAUAAGAGGAAGCUAAGUGCGGGAAUGGCUUUGAUGGGUGGACCUCCGGUCAUCUUCCUGGAUGAGCCUUCCACAGGGAUGGACCCUGUGGCCCGGAGGCUGCUUUGGGAUGCAGUUACGCGCAUCAGGGAGUCUGGGAAGGCUAUAAUAAUCACUUCUCACAGAAUGGAAGAGUGUGAGGCCCUUUGUAGCAGGCUGGCAGUGAUGGUAAAUGGUCAGUUCAAGUGCCUCGGGAGUCCCCAACACCUGAAGAGCAAGUUUGGCAGCGGCUACACGCUACUGGCUAAAGUACACAAGGAGGAGGAUUUGGAGGAAAGCGACCUGCAGUUUUUUAAAGACUUCAUUGAAAGCACUUUCCCAGGAAGCCAACUCAAAGAUGAGCACCAGGGAAUGGUUCACUACCAUCUGACUGAUAAAACACUGACCUGGGCACAGGUGUUUGGCACUUUGGAGGCAGCCAAAGAGAAGUACUGCAUUGAAGACUACUGUGUGAGCCAGAUUUCCCUGGAGCAAGUAUUUCUCAGCUUUGCUCAGUUCCAACACUGCACACAGACUGACAGGAAGUAGGCAAAAGGAGCAAGGAAUCCGUCCAGUGCUGACCUAAAACCCGUCUGCAAGGACACGCGGCUGGAAGCGAACAACGUUGGUUGACUCCAUCUCCAUUUCUGACUUAAA